GACGGAGGGGGAAUCGGCGCUCCGAACGUUCUCCUGACGGGGAAGAGAGGCCAGUCCGACCCGGAGACGUGUGGAGCGGUGGCCAUUAGUCUGGAUAAUUAAAUCUAAAAGGAUUAACAGCGUGUGGGGAGACACGGAUUGAAACAGAGGACCACAAAAGACAACAAUACACAAGAAGACCGAGUCCAGACUGAGUGGAGCCAGCAACUUGUGAGACGUCCCAGAGCCGCAGCACCCCCACCAGUGCCGUCAUACUGAAACCUAUUGCCCUGGUUGGAGAAAUAACCAUUGGACGACCUGGGAGUUCUUGAGCAAUGAUCCCUUCCUUAUAAGACGUGUGUCAAAGUUGCCACCGCCUGUCAGUUGCACACAGGUUCUGAUCAGAGCUCCUGCAGCCUGCACAGCACCGUCCCUCCCUCCCUCCCUCCCUCGCUUGCUCGCCCCUCCAUCAGUGGUGGUGACCCAGCUCCGGACAGCUUGCUGGAGGGCCCUUCCUGAGCAGCAGCAGCUGCGUCCUGCUUGCUGACUCCCGUCCCUCCCCUGCUUCCUGUCCUUGGUCAGACAAGGCUAAAGUCUCCUCUCCCCUCACCCCACCCCUCAUUUCUGUCAGCUCCUCAUACUCACACACCCAAGCAGCUCUUUUUGUUGACCGCACGCUCACCGACUGUUUGAGGCUCUUUGGAGAUCGUCAGCAGGAGUGACACUCGUAAACACCUUCACAGAUCUGGACUGAACGUCCACCACAGAUUUUUGUUUUAUUUUUUUUUUAAGCACAUAGCACAGCUCAGAGGAUGACCUCCAUGUCCAGUCUCUUCUCCUUCACAAGUCCGGCAGUCAAACGGCUGCUCGGUUGGAAGCAGGGGGACGAGGAGGAGAAAUGGGCAGAGAAGGCAGUGGACGCGUUGGUGAAAAAGCUCAAGAAGAAGAAAGGUGCCAUGGAGGACCUGGAGAAGGCUCUGAGCUGCCCCGGUCAGCCCAGCAAGUGUGUUACCAUUCCAAGAUCCCUGGACGGCCGGCUGCAGGUUUCCCACAGGAAGGGCCUUCCUCAUGUCAUCUACUGCAGAGUGUGGCGCUGGCCGGACCUGCAGUCUCACCACGAGCUCAAGCCCCUGGAGGUGUGUGAAUACCCAUUUGGCUCCAAACAGAAGGAGGUCUGCAUCAACCCUUAUCACUACAAGCGAGUGGAGAGUCCUGUGCUCCCUCCUGUCCUGGUACCACGCCACAGCGAGUUCAACCCACAGCACAGCUUGCUGGUACAAUUUCGCAACCUCACCCACAACGAGCCCCACAUGCCCCUGAACGCCACCUUUCCAGAGUCCUUCCAGCAGCCGCACAGCGGCGGCGGCAGCACCACCAGCGGCGGCGGUGGAGGCGGAGGGGGUGGCGGCUCCUUCCCCAUUUCUCCCAACUCUCCUUAUCCGCCGUCUCCAGCCAGCAGUGGUACUUAUCCAAACUCUCCUGCCAGCUCGGGACCCUCCAGUCCAUUCCAGCUCCCAGCUGACACCCCGCCCCCGGCCUACAUGCCCCCCGACGAGCAGCUGGGACAGGAGAGCCAGUCCAUGGACACGAGCAGCAGCCUGGUACCACAGAACAUGGCCAGAGGAGAUGUGCAGCCAGUGGAGUACGAGGAGCCGAGCCACUGGUGCUCCAUUGUCUACUACGAACUCAACAAUCGGGUGGGGGAGGCUUACCACGCCUCGUCCACCAGCGUGCUCGUGGACGGCUUCACCGACCCCUCCAACAACAAGAACCGCUUCUGCCUCGGGCUGCUGUCCAACGUCAACCGCAACUCCACCAUCGAGAACACCCGCCGACACAUCGGCAAAGGAGUGCACCUGUACUACGUGGGAGGGGAGGUGUACGCAGAGUGUCUCAGCGACACCAGCAUCUUUGUCCAGAGUCGUAACUGCAACUACCACCACGGCUUCCACCCCACCACCGUCUGCAAGAUCCCCAGCGGCUGCAGCCUGAAGAUCUUCAACAACCAGGAGUUCGCUCAGCUGCUGGCGCAGUCAGUCAACCACGGCUUCGAGGCGGUCUACGAGCUCACCAAGAUGUGCACCAUUAGGAUGAGUUUUGUCAAGGGCUGGGGAGCGGAGUAUCACCGUCAGGACGUCACCAGCACCCCCUGCUGGAUUGAGGUGCACCUGCACGGACCCCUGCAGUGGCUGGACAAAGUGCUAACACAGAUGGGCUCGCCUCUCAACCCAAUCUCCUCCGUGUCCUAAUAAUGGAGGCCUGUUUUUACUUUUUUUAAUUUUUUUUUUUUUUUUUUUUUUUUUUACUUCUGUCUCUCUCCCCUUGACGAUUUAUAAUUUAAAGCGGUCUUAAUGGCUGAACUGUUUACACUUAAUUUGGGAAGGGAUUUUAGAGUCUGGCUGGAAGUUCAACAGCAGCCAGAAUCCAGCGUUUCCAGUAAAAACCAGGAGGAGGAGGAGGAGGAGAGGGACACACUACUGCUUGACAAUUCUACCACAUGUGCAAGAAUGGAGGGCUCUGGCGUCGAGCUCGGACCUGCCCACUGUUCUUUUUUGCAUUGACUUUUAUUGUGUUCAUCAAAUGACUUUAUUUCCCGACAUGUGUCGUUUUUAAUGAAGCGGAAGUGUUUUUUUUUUUUUUUUUUUUUUUUU